AGGAAUUCUGCGCUGUAUGAACGAGUGAACCAGCGUAAGACUUACCAAGCAAAACCACUUCUUUAGUUAGCAGCCCUACUUUGCGCCACACGAGCAAUGGCCAAGACGCGCCGUCGGAAGAAGCGCACGCACGUUGAGACCGAUGCGGCGGAGGCAAAGAAGCCGGACCCUAAGACUUUCGUCUUCAAACGCGGAAAGCAUGGGGCCAUCCUGGCUGACCUGGAGCAGGACAUGCGCCGCAUGCUGCUGCCCAACACCGCCCUCAACCUGCGGGAGUCCCGCAAGAACAGCCUGCGUGACUUUGUGUCGGUGGCGGGGCCUCUGGGCGUGACGCACUUUGUGAUGCUGUCCGCCACCGACAACAGCAGCUACAUAAAGUUCGCCAAGACGCCGCGGGGCCCCACCAUGACCAUGCGUGUGCGCAACUACAGCCUCAUCCGCGACGUGCAGAGCGCAGCGGUGCGGCCGCGAGUGCCCGCAAACGCAUUCAAGACUCCUCCGCUGGUGGUGAUGAACGGCUUCAGCGGCAACGACACGCUGCGGCUGGUCACCACGCUGUUCCAGGGCGUGUUCCCGCCCAUCAACGUGCAGCGCACCAAGCUCAGCGCAUGCCAGCGAGUGGUGCUGCUGUCGAGGGACAAGGAGAGCGGUCUGAUCCGGCUGCGCCACUACGGCAUCUCCGUGGCGCCGUCCGGGCUGCGCAAGAGCGUCAAGGGCCUGUUGUCCCGUCGCGAGGUGCCCGACCUCAGCGCCUUCCGUGACGUGUCCGAGUUCGUGACCAAGAGCGGAUACGGCUCGGAGAGCGAGGGCGAGGACGCGGAGACCAGCCGCGUGACGCUGGCGCAGGACCUAGGUCGCGGCAACGUGGCGGCGCGGCAGUCGCGGGUGCGGCUACACGAGAUAGGGCCGCGACUGGACCUGGAGCUAGUCAAGGUGGAGGAGGGUCUGUGCGAGGGCGCAGUGCUGUUCCACGCGCACGUGAGCAAGAGCGCGGAGGAGGCGGCGGAGCUGGCGGACCGGCGGGAGGAGCGCGAGCAGCUGCGGGCGGAGCGGCGCAAGCAGCAGGACGCCAACGUGCGGCGCAAGGCGGCGGAGGCGGCGCGCAAGGCGGCGGCGCAGGCGGACGAAAUGCGGCAGCAGGGCAAGCUGCCGGCGGGCCAGAAGCAGUGGUGGGAGAAGGAGGUGGAGCCGACCAUGGGGCGGCCCGGCGACGUCAGCGGCAACGACGAGGAGGGGCAGGAGCCGGAGGAGGGCGGCAGCGGCGGAGAGGACGGCGCCGGCAAGAAGCGGAAGCGGGCGGCGGCGGCGGCGGCAGCGGCGGCGGAUGAGGACGACGACGAUGCUGCGUAUUUCAAGGAGGAGGUGGGGCGCGAGCCCGACGCGGACGAGAUGGUGGGGUCCUACAGGGGCGGGCGAGGAGGCCGCGGCGGGCGCUUCGGCGGCCGGGGGCGCGGCGGGCGCGGCGGCCGAUUCGGCGGCGGCGGAGGACGGAACUGGGGCACGGAUGACUACAUCAAGAAGCAGCGGCGGGAAGACGGAGGCGGCGGGGGUGGUGGUGGUGGAGGCGGAGGAGGUGGAGGCGGCGGCGGCGGCUUCCGGGGGCGAGGAGGCCGCGGCGGGCGGGGCGGCGGCGGUGGAGACCGCGACGGCGGCGGUGGCAGGGGCCGCGGCGGCGGCCGGGGCGGCGGUCGGGGCGGCGAGCGGAGAGGCGGUGGUGGAGGCGGCGGCCGCGGGCGGGGAGGUCGUGGCGGUCGGCGGUAGGCGGGCGGCAGUGAGUGGGCGGAGGCGUGUGUGUGUACGGUGUGGGGAUGGCGGGAGGUGGCGAGCAGGGGUUGCCGGGUGGCUGCGGCCCGCGCCGACCCGACUGCUGACGGGCGCUGUGGCGCACUGGCGCCACCUGCUGCCGGGCCCCGGGCGCUGGGCGCUCCGGGUAGGCAGGUGGGGGGCCAUUGGGCGCUUCUGGUAGGCAGGUAGAGGCUUGGGUAGGGGGCGUCAGUGGCCUCAGUGGCGUGCAGUUCUGCACCUGCGGUCCUGAGCUGUGCGGCAGGCCGAAGGGAGGGGAAGCCGUGAUGUCGAUGAAGCCGGGGAGUGAUAUGGGUGGUGGCGUGAUGAGGAGGCGGAGGCCGGGGUGCGAUGUUCAUGUGAGGAUUGCGGAGCCGGCGGCAGCUGGCGGGAGCCGCACGGUGGACUCGCACAAGGUGAUGGUGCAUGAGCAGGUGGGUCGCUGCAGCGGCGACGUAAUGCUCUGAGGCAGGAGACGCCUGACGUCCUGGAGGAUGUCUUGUUGAUAGGCGGCCCGGCGGAAUGUUGGCGCGGCCUGUAAUGUGCGGGCUCC